GCACCCACCUGUGCCACUCUGCAGUGCCACACACCUGUGCCCAGAAGUGCCACCUACCUGUGCCCAGCAGUGCCACCCACCUGUGCCCACCCACCUGUGCCCACCAGUGCCACCCACCUGUGCCCACCCACCAGUGCUGCCCACCAGUGCCACCCACCAGUGCAGCCCAGCAGUGCUGCCAGUCAGUGCCACCAGUCAGUGCCCAGCGGUUGUGCCAGUCAGUGCCGCCAGUCAGUGCCCAGCAGUGAUGCCUGUCAGUGCCGUCUAUCAGUACCCAUCAUCAGUGCCGCCUAUCAGUGCUGCAUAUUAGUGCCGCCUAUCCGUGACACCUCAUUAGUGCUGCCUAUCAGU